AUGCUACUGCACAUCCUGUGUCCACUGUGGGCUUCGUUUGUCAUUUUUCAACAAGGCAGGUCUGUGCAGUGUAAGGAGCUGAAGUUCCCCAGCAGGGCAGUCAAGCCGCCCUCUCCCUCUGACUUUUUGGACAAACUGAUGGGACGCACAUCUGGCUAUGAUGCUCGCAUCAGACCAAAUUUCAAAGGUUCUCCUGUCAACGUGACCUGUAACAUCUUCAUCAACAGCUUUGGAUCCAUCACUGAAACAACUAUGGACUAUCGGCUCAAUGUAUUUCUACGGCAGCAGUGGAAUGACCCUCGACUAGCAUAUAAGGAGUACCCUGAUGACUCUCUGGACUUGGACCCCUCAAUGUUGGACUCCAUUUGGAAACCUGACUUAUUCUUUGCAAAUGAAAAGGGAGCAAACUUUCACGAGGUUACAACAGACAACAAACUGCUGCGGAUCUUCCAGAACGGAAAUGUUCUCUACAGCAUCAGACUGACACUCACGCUUUCCUGUCCCAUGGAUUUGAAAAACUUUCCGAUGGACAGCCAGACGUGCACCAUGCAGCUUGAAAGCUUUGGUUACACCAUGAAUGACCUGAUUUUUGAAUGGCUGGAUGUGGGAGCAGUGCAGGUUGCUGAUGAUCUAAUGCUCCCUCAGUUUGUGCUAAAAGAGGAGAAAGGUCUUGGUUACUGCACCAAGCACUACAACACAGGUAAAUUCACCUGCAUUGAGGUCAAAUUCUACCUAGAGCGCCAAAUGGGCUACUACCUGAUCCAGAUGUACAUACCGAGCCUGCUGACUGUCAUCCUGUCUUGGGUGUCGUUCUGGAUCAACAUGGAUGCAGCUCCCGCAAGGGUGGGAUUGGGAAUCACUACUGUGCUCACCAUGACAACACAGAGCUCUGGCUCCAGGGCCUCCCUGCCAAAGGUAUCCUAUGUCAAAGCCAUAGACAUCUGGAUGGCGGUGUGUCUUCUGUUUGUGUUUGCUGCACUACUGGAGUAUGCAGCCGUCAACUUUGUUUCACGCCAGCACAAGGAGUUCUUCAGAAUGAAAAAGAAACUCAAAGAGCAGCAGCAGCAGCAGCAGCAGCAGCAGCAGAGAACUGGGACCGGUGACAGUAAGGUGAAAGGAAACAACAUGUCAGGGAACAAUGCUCCUCAUGGGAAUGCAUCCCAGCAGUGCAGUGCCUGUGCCAGGGAGGAGGAGCUGGAACAGCAGGGUUUUCUGCUCCAGAGUAUUGGACUUGCACUGUCCUCUCAGGAAAUGGAUGCAACACCCAUUUUUGCUGAUCUACCUCCUGGUUUGGGUUUCUAUGAGAUACGGAGGCGUUUUGUGGAUCGGGCCAAAAGGAUUGAUACCAUCUCCCGAGCUGUUUUUCCCAUGAGCUUCCUGAUGUUUAACGUCCUUUAUUGGGUUACCUAUAAAGUUCUGCGACAUGAAGACGUCCAAGGAAUACUGUGACAGACUGAGGACCAUGAACAAGUUGGCUACUUCCUUCACUGAGUCCUCAGUUGAGUCAUGCAAGAUGUGUUUUGACUGCAUGUUCAGUGCCACUGAGCAAUUCUGUGACCUGGAAGAGUCCAGCGGUUUCUUUACAUUUUGAAUAACAAAAUGCACUUUUUAUUAGCACUUAUGCAUUUUCACAUUAGGUUAUUGUGUGCAUUUACAGUUCCAUCAAGUCAAAGUUCUAUAGAGGAAAAUCUGUGCGUGCAGUUGCUGUAGCCUCACAUGUACUCAGACUGCACCUUUACUUUUUUACUGUGCACGAAUUUUACAGAUGCCACGGUGGGCAUUGUGCAAAAACACGUGUCUGCAGUAUCAUUGAAAACAUGUACUUGUUAUUCACCGUAACUGUGAUUCAAAGGAAUCAAAAGAGUCUGAUUGCAGGCUGCAAAAAUUAUGGAAUAUGAAUAUAUAUGAUAUUAGGUUUCCUGCUGAAGGAGCUCAAUCUGUAAUAAAGACU